AUGGAAACCAAAUUUCUAGUUUCGCUCAUGUUCCUUCAAGCAAUCAUCAAUGGUGUUAAUCUGCUCAGACCUCCGGAUCAACAUGGUUCUAAAUGUAGUAAAAAUGGUGAUCUGAAUUCAAAUGUGCUACUAAAAUCACGAGAUGUCGCACUUGAUGAACUCUACAAAAGCUUUCGACUUCCAUUCACUGGUGCUCAAAGGAGCAAUAAUGGUGGAAUUUGGGCCCAUGCUCUUUGUCCCCCCAAAGAGAAAAUGGAAGAGUGUCGGGAGUGUGUCAAAGAUACCAUCGAUUUUCUUAAGAAAGACUGCCCGAAACAAAAGGAGGGUGCGACUUGGUCAAUCUUUCCGCACUUUUAUUGCAUGGUUCGUUAUGCAGAUCAUCCAAAUCAAGGAAAUCUAGCCGAAUGGGCUUGGGUUCAAUUCAAUGCCCCACCAGGUCCGGGUAAUGCUACUGCUGGUGAGUUGGAGAAGGCGUGGAAUAAUCUGGCAAAUACAAUAAUGGAAAAGGCAACCGAAGUUAAAAACUUAGAGCGUUACGGGUAUGGGUCUGUACUUUAUGGGCCACAUCCCCAGAAUUUAUAUGGGACCAUGCAUUGUGCUCCUAUAAUAUAUCAGAUGUGA